CUAGACUGGAGGUGUCAGGAGUAACGUGGAUAAUAUCACAGUUAAGACACGAACGUCCUCUCCUCAAGACAGCCUGCCCUCCAGCUGCUAUGAAUGACAGCGGAAGCGGGUGGCCCAUCAACCUGCUGCCAUCCUGUGGGCCAGCUGGUUCGUGUGUGGGCAUGGACAACACCAGCACGGGACACGUGUUCGAGGUGGCCGUGCAGCAGAACGUCUCGUCCAAACACAGCCCCCAGUUUGUCGGGGUGGAGCUGCUGCAGUCCUUCAAGAGCCUCAUCAUCCCCUGCUACGCCCUGGUGGUGCUGGUCGGGGUGUUCGGCAACUACCUGCUGCUCUACGUCAUCUGCCACACCCGUAAGAUGCACAACGUGACCAACUUCUUCAUCGGGAACUUGGCUUUCUCCGACAUGCUCAUGUGUGGCACCUGUGUCCCCUUCAACCUGGCGUAUGCAUUCAACCCCCGUGGAUGGGUGUUUGGACGGUUCAUGUGCUACCUGGUGUUCCUCAUCCAGCCAGUCACUGUCUAUGUGUCUGUGUUCACUCUUACCGCUAUUGGCAUUGACAGAUACUACGCCACUGUCCACCCCCUCAAGAAGCGCCUGUCUGUGGUGUCCUGCACCUACUUGCUGUUGGGGAUCUGGCUGCUCUCCUGUGGCCUGGUGGCCCCGGCAGUUGCCCACACCUACCACGUGGAGUUCAAGGACGAGGGCUUCACCAUCUGCGAGGAGUUCUGGAUUGGCCAGCAGCGCCAGCGUCUGGCCUACGCCUACAGCAUGCUCUUCGUCACCUACGUGCUGCCGCUGUCAGCGCUCUGCGCGUCCUACCUGUGCAUCUCGGUGCGGCUGCGCAACUGUGUGGCGCCGGGCCACCGCACACAAGGCCAGGCGGCGCAGCAGCGCGCGCGCAAGCGCAAGACCUUCAGGCUGGUGGCGCUGGUGGUGGCGGCGUUCGCCAUCUGCUGGCUGCCCAUCAGCGUCUUCAACGUGCUGCGCGAUAUCAACAUCGGCCUGAUCGACAAGCGCUACUUCCUGCUCAUCCAGCUCCUGUGCCACCUGUGCGCCAUGAGCUCUUCCUGCUGCAACCCCUUCCUGUACGCCUGGCUGCACGACCGCUUCCGCGGCGAGCUGCGCAAGAUGUUCACGUGCCACCGGCGCAUCGGCAUCCCCUCGGCCAACCACUGUGCCACCGGAAGUGUGGUCCUUUGA